AUGGACCUUCUCGAUGCCAUCGUGGGGCCCCCAAAGAAAGAUCUCUAUUAUUCGCGCCCGCCUCGUUCAACUUCUGUAGAUGACAAGAGGAGGCAAGUGGCGCAGCUGCAGCAGCAGCGGCAGCAGCAGCUGCAGCAGCAGCGUCAGCAACAACUACAACAGCAGCGUCAGCAGCAACUGCAGCAAGAGCAGCAGUACCGUGCGCAACAGGAGAACAGUGAAGCGGAGAGGCAGCAGAGGGAGGCAGAGAAGCAGCAGCUCCUGCUGCAGCAGCUGCAGCAGAAGAGGCAAGAACUCAUGAAGCAGCUACGAGCAGCAAGCAGAAGUGUUAUAGGGGACAGACAGGCACAGAAGCAAGUACAGUCAAUGACGAAGCAACUCCUUGAGGUAGAGAAGCAGAUACAGCUGGUGCAAGAGGGGAAGUUAAUCGACAACAGCAGCAGCAGCAGCAGCAGCGACAAUAACAGCAGCAGCAGCAACAAUAAUAGCACUAACAACAGCUUAAACAGCGUCAGCAACAAUAAUAGCUGCAGCAGCAGCACCUGCAACAGUGUCAGCAGCGAGCCCAGUACCACCGCGAGUACGGGUGCAUGUUCAACAGCAAGCAGCUGCAGCAUCAGCAGCAACAGCAGCAGUGGCAGCAGCCAACAGGAGGAUGCAAGGGAGAGUGUACACGCUGCGCUGCAGCAGCAGCUGCAGAAGCGUCAGCAGGAGCUGCUGCAGCAGCGGCAGCAGCUAGAGGAGGAUAUGCAGCGAAUGAGGAAGCAAGGUAGACCUCCGAAGGCUGCAGCAGCAGCAGCAACAGCAGCAGCAGCAUUUAGGAUGCCUGUAGGGAAUCGUGCGGGAUCGUCGAUCCCACGCAGCUCCGGCAGCAGCGUAUCUGGUGGCAGCAGCAGGAGUUGCAGCAUGCAGCGCAGCAGCAGCCGCAGCAGCAACAACAGCAGCAACAGCAAAUCUCGUUCAAAACAUCCAUUUUUCGCGAAUAAGAAUAAUAACAGCAGCAGCAACAGCAGCAGCAGCAGCAGCGUGGUCGUGCUGCGGGGGGAAGACGGCACCAAGAUCGUUAAGCAUAUCUGCAGCACGCCGCUGGACAGCAGCAACCCCGAUGUCCGUUUGCUGCGCGAGCGUCCUGAGGGUUUCGAUAGAGGAGAUGCAGCAAUAUCUAGUGAGGCACUUAAGGCAGCAACUGCAGCAGCAGCAGCAGCAGCGCAUGCAACAACAGUUGUUUCACCACCCAGACACACAGGCAACAGCAACAGCAGCAGCAGCAGCAGCGACAAUGGCAUUGAUCUUGCUAGGGGUGUCCAGCCAUGGAACCCAAGAAAUAUGAAGCAGCAGCAGCAACAGCAGCAACAACAGCAGCAGCAGCAACAGCAGCAGCAGCAGCGGCAGCAGAAGUCACAGAGAGAAGAAGUUCUUCGUCCUCACUCUGAGCCAACAACACCAUCUCGCGACCGCCAGACCCAACAGCAGCAACAGCAACAGCAGCAACAGCAGCAGCAACAACAGCAACAGCAGCAGCGGCAGCAGCAGCGGAAAUCUCCUGGCUCUGCUACUAGUCAGGCGAAGCAGAAGAUACCCGUCACUGCAGCAGGAAACAAGCAGGCGCUGCAGCGGCACAGGCAGCGGCAGCUGCUGAUGCAGAAGCUGCUGCGGGAGAAGGAGCAGCAUGAGGCACUGCAGCAGCAGCAGCAGCAGCAGCAGAAAGUCUUAGCGUUUCAGCCUUCUCGGGCUCUCCCACAGCAGCCUGCAGGAUCAAAACAGCAGCAGCAGCAGCAGCACAGGACACCGCAGCAGCAGCUGCAGCAGGAGAAGCAGCAGCCUCGAGGUUUCCUUCCUUCCCCAACUGCUCGUUUGCCAGUUUCCCUUCCUGUAGGAUGUCGUUCGAAGCAGUUGCUGCGACAACGGCAGCAACUGCAGCAGCAGCAGCAGGGAGGGCAGCAGCAGCAGAGGAAGCAGCAGCUCGAUCUAGACGAGCGGAGCUGCAGCGAGGAGGAAUGGGAAGACGGGGAUUCAGAUUUAUCAUCAUUUAUAGCGGAUGAUGAUGAAGAGGAGGAGCUCCCCUCUAGCAGCAGCAGCAACAAUAACAGCAACAGCAGCAGCAGCAGCAGCAAGAGGAAAGGUGAUACAGAACCCGACUGGAGGAAGGAAAUGCGUGCUGUAACUGGGUACGAUCCUACGGUGUAUGCACAGCUCGAUUGGGGGGAAUGCCAAGAAAGCAGCUUCUCUCGUCAAUUAGAGGAGGAGAGGCGCAGCAGAUUAUUAGCAGAGGAGGAAGACAGGAGGGAGUUGCUGCUGCUGCAGCAAAAAAAAAGACGUAUCUAA